AUGACCGCCAACAACGACACUAGGUGGGCAGAGGCACUGCGAGGGCUCUCGACAGCCUUCAAUGACCUCCGCCUCGCCGAACCUGAACUCAACGAGCGCAUCGCCGCAAAUCAGGCGGAGAUUACCGAGAGCUACGGCCUUUGGCAGUCAAAGCAUGCCGCAGUGCACGGCGCCACGUACGACCAAGGUCUGAACGCGCUCGUGGAUUACUUGCAGGACGAGCGGCCCCAAGACAUGUACUUACAAGAGAUGGUGCGAGAGGUACUGGUAGAGGGAGUGCAGUUCCCCAUCCGUGCGCUCAUCUGCCAACAGCGGGUUCGAGCUGCCCUUGAGGCAAAGCUCGCCUGCCUCGAGCGCCUCAUACCCUUCAUGGAAGUCAUCACCGCCAAGUCCAAUGACCCUCCCGCUACUAGUCAGGCUCCUCCUGCAAAGAAGCAGAAGGCAAAUGUGUCUGGAGAAACUGCCAGCGUGAUUACCCCACCAUCCAAGAACAAGUUACCAGCAUGGGCGUCGCAGCCGCAACCAUACCCGAACCAUGCGUCUGUAGAUUCACCUGAACCGACAACCCCACUACAGCAUUCUCCAGCCGGGCUGACGCAGCGACCACAAUUACUGCCGAUUACUCCUUCCGCACCCAGUCUUGGAGGUCCAGUCCCACCGCAUCCACCGCAUCCACCGCAGCUACCGCAGAUUACCUUGCCUGCACCUAAUGUUGAGGGCUCAACUCCGGCUUUGCCACCACCCACAAGAAACGAGAUUACCUUCAAAGUCCCGGAGCAAACACUGCUUGAGCACUUCGACCGACUCACGGAAGAAAUGGGUCAGACGCCUGGGCUUCUCAGAGUAGACAGGGCCCGGUUCACAGACCCGGCAGGACUCCCUUGGGAGUACUUUUCUCGAUUCGUAGCACGACUACCCUCCCGCAAUUACCACCGCGACACCUACUGCUAUUCUACAGCGGUAUGGAUGUAUCUCAAGCGCAACCACAUCACUUUCGAAAACCAAGUUGUCAGCCCUUUCUACUUCCAGCAGGCGCAGCAGGCAUUUGACGAGGCGGAAACCGAGUCGCAGGAGGUAUCGGCAGAUGACAGAGACGACAAGCAUCGAAAGACAUUGGUGCAGCAAGUGCACGCCGCGAUGGUACUCGUCCAGAAGCAGAACGCUGAUGACCACACGGAGAAAGAUCUUGGUUUCCGGCUGAAGAACGCGACCAAUUUGUACUUGAAGGUCCACGAGAACGAUGUUCGCUACAGAUCUGGUCUUAGGGAUGAGGAUGUCCUCAAAGAGAUGCUAAAGGACAUUCCUAAUGUGCUUGCUUUGAGGAUUGUCGACGAGAGCGUCGAGGCAGUGGCCCACUGGUGGAAUGACGAGGGCCAGUACCGUGAACUCGACGUCAUCCCGUUGACGAUGUGGUCCGCCUUCGCACAGGUGCACCGAGUGGUGGAAGAUCGUGUGCAAAGGGCGCGGCUGUUGGUUGUUGGCAAAACCCACCAAUCCGCAACAUUCACGGCUGUUGCUCAGGUCUACCAGAAGUCGGAGCUGAACCUCAAGCCGCUUUUCAAGGCAGGCAACAAAGCGGAUGACCCCAUUUCUCUUGAUGACUAG